CACGACUCCGCCUCCGGAAGGCGCCGCACUGGGCUUCCGGGGCCGCCUCCUCCGGGCACUUCCGCUCGUCUUCAGUCGGCCUGCCGCGCGGCAAGCCACGCUGGGUUACCGCGUGUCCGUGCAGCGUCCGCAGGCCACUACAGCAGCAUGGCUGGUGCCGAGUUGCGGGCGGCGCUGGAGGAGCGGCUCGGCGCCCUGGCCAUCCGCACAGAGGUAGUGGAGCACCCAGAGGUGUUUACAGUUGAAGAAAUGAUGACUCAUAUUCAGCAUCUGAAAGGAGCACAUAGUAAGAACUUAUUCCUUAAAGACAAGAAGAAAAAAGGAUAUUGGCUGGUGACAGUUCUUCAUGAUAGACAAGUCAAUUUAAAUGAUCUUGCUAAGCAGUUAGGUGUUGGAAGUGGAAAUCUUCGGUUUGCUGAUGAAACAGCCAUGCUAGAAAAACUAAAAGUUGGCCAAGGCUGUGCCACACCUUUGGCACUCUUCUGUGAUGAUGGAGAUGUGAAAUUUGUUCUGGAUUCUGCUUUUUUGGAAGGUGGACAUGAAAAGGUGUACUUUCAUCCAAUGACCAAUGCUGCAACUAUGGGAUUGAGCCCUGAAGACUUUCUCACAUUUGUGAAGAAGACAGGACAUGAUCCCAUAAUACUAAAUUUUGAUAAAAACUAACUGGACUGAUACUUAGAAUACGUUAUUUCUGCAAUCUGUUUUUCUUAUUUGUAAUUUAUAGAAAACAUUAAAAGUGGUAAGAAUAUUUA